AUUCCAGGCACGAUGACACACGAAUUAUACAAAAUGUAUCACCAACACUAACACAGCGAGGAGAACACGUGGCAAAGCGAGAAUUGCCGAGAGCGCAAGAAUGUCUAUUUCGUGUGCGCGUUUCGUGUCUGCGGCGAGACUGGCGCGCAGCAUUUCCGCGCCGUUCGGUUAGUUUUCGCUAUGACAGCCCACGAGGAUGGUUCGCGUCGCACAAAGAGGGGCUCACUGAACGAGGCACAGAUCGAAAGACUGUUCACUGAACCUUUCAGCGAACUAACCCUUCGUUAUGCAGCCGCACUACAUGCGCUGAUUAACGCUUACCACGAUCUGCUACAGACUGUCCCGAUCGGUUGCAUGAUGGACAUAUUUCACAAAAGCUUGCUGCAAGCAUCACUACAAGCGAUCGAAGAGUAUAAUUUCGUGCGUUCAAUCAUCAUCCGCCAUGAGUUGGAAGUGCUCGGUAUUUACAAGGACUUGAUCGAACAGGAAGCAACAUGGAGCAGAUUGAAAAACAUCACAAUGACACUGCUGAUGGGUCUUAGUAUUGGGAUUUAUUAACAAACAAACAAAAAAGUCGAUGGAGCUCUCUUGCAGAAGAGACGGCGCACGACACUGCCACUGGUUGGAUGCUGAAAAUCGAAGACUGGUGCAGUAGAGAAAAAAAACUAACAAACACAACAAACAAAUGUUUCGAAAUUAAAGGUUCCUUUGGCAAAGUGGCAAAACAGCCGGCCUUUUAAAUUAUGAAUAAAAAGUAAUAAAUUAUUAAUGUUUGGUAUUGAAGAAAUUGAGUUUGGUUUUUACUAAGAGAUAGCAGUUGGAUACCUUUCCUUUCGUUGGAUUUGUAUUUGGGGGGUGGCUUGUCGGAGGGCCUACGCAUCUUAGCUGUUUAAAGUCCCGUAGGAUGCCAGGACAGAAGAGACAUCCAGUCGUCCCUGACAUGGAGAACAGACGCUGGCUGUCCUCCUCCGCUCAAUUUAGCCAUAUACCCCAUCUUCCCAAGAGGUUGGGUUUCCCCAUGUACCCAAGCUCAGAUAUUUGGAGAGAUAGGGUAACUAAUAGGUUUACUAACGUGUCGUUAACUAACGCGACUUUUUCGCGUUGUGUUCGUUGCGCUCGUCAACGGCGCCACUCUGAUAAACG